UUUUCCUUAUUAACGGCCUUUGUACAAAAGCACCGGCUACAGAGUAUCCAUAGUAAAGACACAAACAUCUUUACGUCCCUUCCUCGUUUCGUCGCAGGAUUUCCCCGACCUGGCGUCUCAGGAUUCCUGUGUUCAUGUUGCACCUGUUCCUGCUCCUGCACGUCAGUGUCUCCGGUCCACUUAGACGAGACGGUACCACGGACAAACUUUUCACAGCUGCUGCACGCCGACUCAGACAGACGGCCAAAAUCGUUGGGGUUCCUAAUUCGGAGCGCGAGACGACGUUGCCGGCGACACAAAAGGACGGGUCUGGUUUCACCUUCGAAGAGCUUCGCACCACCAUCGUUCGGUCGUCCGUGCACAUGACCUCCACUGCAGGGGUUCUCGCGUUAUCGGCAGCCCAUUCUACCCCUCACGUUCAACACCAUGCCUCGAUAUUCUGCGGCUAAG